AUGGGCAUAGAUAAAAGAAAUUGGCAAUUAGGUGACAUUGAAAAAGCAAAGAUUUUGUAUGCACUUUUAAAGGUCACUGGUGAACCAUAUCAUGGACUUUCAACAAGAAUAGUUUUUAAAGAUCUUGGAAUUUAUGACCCGGGAAAGGUACUUGAAUACUAUGAUGAGCGAUACCAAAUUAAUAAACAUCACAUUGCAACUAUUCCCACGCGCUUGUUAGAUAAUGAUAGGAAUUCGACGCAGGAACUCAGCAAAAAAAAUAUCUUGGAAAAGGAAGAAGACGAAGAGGACGAGGAAGGAGAGGUCAUUGAAGACGUAGUCUAUGACAAUUAUUACCCGGAUUCAAGCAGUUUCGAUAAUUUUGAUUUUUUUGAACAAGAGGAGUUUUAUGACGACAUGUCUGAUGAGUAUUAUGACAACCUUGUUGAUAAAUACUAUCCCGUUAUCCCCAAACUAUUCGAGGAAUAG